GGAUUGUUCCGACUUCAGAGAAAAUUCAGAGUGAGCGCUUCCUUCCUGUGCUUCUGUGCUGUGUGUGUGAGUGAUCGCUGCCAGCUUGAUUCGUGUGGUGAUCUAGAGAGAGAGAUGUCGUGCUGCGGAGGCAACUGCGGCUGCGGAUCCGGCUGCAAGUGCGGCAGCGGCUGCGGAGGGUGUAAGAUGUACCCAGAGAUGGCUGAGGGGGUGACCACCACCCAGACCGUCAUCAUGGGUGUUGCACCUUCCAAGGGUCACGCCGAGGGGGUCGAGGCCGGCGCCGCCGCCGGAGCCGGAGCCGAGAACGGGUGCAAGUGCGGCGACAACUGCACCUGCAACCCCUGCACCUGCGGCAAGUGAGAGGCAACCUCAUGACAAACCCAAGGAAGGAGAUGGAAGGGCUUAAUUAGUACUGCUAGUAGUAGUGUGAUCCGAUCGUGUCACAAGUGAUGAAAUGCUUCUGUAACUUGUGUGUUAUCCAGUGCGAAGAGUGUGAUCUUCAGACUGAGGAGGAAAUGCAUGCUUGCUACUUAAUAAGUGAAAGUGAGUAGUAGUGGUGCGGUAAGAAUAAAGAUGAUGAGAGAUCAGAGAUCUAUGGCUUGUGUAUAUGUAGUCCUUCCUCUCCAGUAAUGUGGACUGAGUUGGUGGUACUAAUAAUUAAUAAUGGGAAUCAGUGUCUCUUGCUGUUAA